AUGGUAGGCUCCUUCCUCGAUGAUAUUGGAUUGCGUUAUGCUGACGCGGCGCUGGAACACAGCGAGAGGGACCACUUCGAUCGGGUACCACCACAUUUUGAUGAUAUUUACGAUUAUCGCGAUCAUCUUGCUAUCUUGAGCAAUGUCUACUUAUUGUCGCUACAAUACAAAACAACGACUUCUCCAUUAGCUACAGCGCCCGCACAAGUGAGCACAGCCAUCGUGCAAGCUAUCCACAAUGUGUCGCAAACUGGCAACGGAACGACCCUUGAAGUGCGAGCGGGGUACAUGGGGCUUUGUGUGGCACUGAGGGAUACAGAGCGCAUCUGCUCCAGAAAUGCUAGAGUGUUGGCGAAUCUGAUCAAGGCAGAAAAAUUCUCCAUCAGAACCGGGAAUACCAGCACAGAAUUUACACCCGACCCGCUCAAUUUGAUCAUGAUUGCGAACGAGUUCAAGGAGAAGAUUGUCUUCGAUGGGUUGAUGCAAGUCCUCCUGUUUGGUAAUAGCUGCUACAAUGUGCUGAUAUAUUGGAUAUAUAGAUUUAUUGUGGUCAUUCUUACUUUCAUUUGCUUCAUACUUCUAUCAACAUUCCCCGGAUGGCAUAAAGAAGUCGAUGAAACUGGAUCAGAGAUCGAGACUAAGCCAUUUCCUUCUGAUCACGUGAUAGCGGCUUGUUUGUUCACCACGUGCAUCGGGUUUGGAUUUGGCCUUAUCUCCAUACUGUGGCAGCAUAUUAACAGCAGUUCUACGGCAUCAAUGGCAGAAACCCUCACCUAUGGUGCAGCCACGGGCCAUGUUGGGGGCGUAGCGAUGGCGCUCGGAUGGAUUGCAGUAGGAGUGAUUGCCUUAGUCGGUCUCGGGCUUCUCGAAAUGAAAUUAAGUAUCGAUCUCCUUAAAAGACUGAUUGAUGUGAACACCACGGAUGGGAGUUCAGCAUAG